AUUCAUACGGAGGAGGGUGUGACUUGUUGGCUCUUUUUUCCGCCUAUAUAAAACGAGAAGUUCGCGUAAAAGAAAAUACAGAUGGAGAAGGCUAGCCGCCUCGCCGUGUCACAGAGAGUCCCAUUAAGCCUACGUGACAACUCACAUACUGUCCCUUUGUGACCAGCUUAAUCGGCAGAAUGCCCGGUGCCUGUGUGCUUUUCCUCGCCGCUGCGCUGGCUGCGUUGGCCCGGCUCGUCGGCACCGUGGGGCCGGUGGUCCGGUGCGAGCCGUGCGACGCCGGGGCGCUCCUGCAGUGCAAGCCCCUGCCGAAGGACUGCGCGGAGCGGAUGAAGGAGCCCGGCUGCGGCUGCUGCAUGACGUGCGCCCUGGGCGAGGGACAUGCGUGUGGAGUGUACACGGCGCGCUGCGGCUCCGGCUUGACCUGCCAGCACCAGCCGGGGGAGAGCCGACCCCUGCAGGCGCUGCUGGAGGGACGGGGAGUGUGCUCCACGGCCGCGUCCAAGAAACUCAACAGCAUCCUCAUACCGGCGCAGAAAGCAGAGGGUGGAGGAAAUCAGGUAGAAGAAGGUGGUGCCAAUGCCACCCAGACGAUGACGGUGCUGACCGGCGUGGCGACUGUGAAGGGCGGACACAGUCGGGGUUCGAUGGACACCAGGCUGCCGCUGCACAACAAGCUGAUCCAGAAAGAUCAGAACAGGAAGACGCAGAGCUACAAGGUGGAGUCAGUGUCGGGAGGAGCCAACAUGGACAUGCACAACUUCUCCCUGGAGAGCAAGAGGGAGACUGAGUAUGGGCCGUGUCGGCGGGAGAUGGAGAGCAUCCUGAACAGUCUUAAAAUCAGCAACGUGCUCAACCCGAGAGGCUUCCGCAUACCCAACUGUGACAGAAAGGGCUUCUACAAGAAAAAACAGUGCCGUCCAUCCAAAGGCAGGAGGCGGGGAUACUGCUGGUGCGUGGACAAAUACGGGCAGCCUCUGCCGGGCCUGGACGGCAGAGAGCGAGGCGAGACGCAGUGCUACAACCUGGAGAGCAAAUGAGAGGACGGAGAGAGGAAGACAGCGAAUAAGGGGGACGGGGUGGGGGUGGGAGUAAGGCAGGGGGGGGGGAGACAGAGAGAAAGAAAAGAAAGGAAGAAGUAGAGCCCACUUUGCUCUUGCAUGUAGUUUUAUGUAAACAUUUGAAGGAGCUCCAGGACGUCCAGGUCCCGUUUCUGUCGGAGAGAGGGAGGGAUAGGAGGAGGGGGGGGGGCCCAGCCUCCUGUCCGUCACAGCUGUCCUGUGCUUAGGGAACCUCUGUCCUCUCUUUACAAAUAAAAAAAAAGGAUGAAGCUGAAAGCUGACAGAGAAUGGGAGGAGAGAGAGAAUCCUAUCAUCUGCACUAUUCUUUUAGAGGGAGAGAGGAAGGAGGGACUUUUCCACUCACUUUAAAGAGGACUCCUUUGUGACUGUGACCCCAAGAACCGCACCACCACCAUUUAUAUAUGUGUGUGUCUGUCUGUGUGUAUGUGUGCGUCUUAAUGUGUGAGCACCUGCCUUGCGUACAUGUGCACAGCUGCAUGUCUGUGCAACAUGGCGAGUGAGUGGAAGUUGAUUUGUGUAAAUACUGUUUGUCACUAAGCUCAGUUUAGAGAUGUGCGACUGCCCUCGCUCCAUUAAACAAUGCAGGAAAAAAAUAUAUAUAAAACACUCUUCGGCUCAGGGUCCAUGUUGAAGUGAAGGAUUAUGGGGGACGGCGGGGUCUUGAUGGCCACCAGGGGGCCUCCUUUCUGCCAGCGGCGCUUCCCUCGUCCUUCUGUCCGAAAGGGAACGGAGGCAGUUACGGUGCCUUAAAAAAAACCAACCUCUCCGAUUCUCCUCUCUCAUUCACCACCUGUGGUCCGCGACUAACGGAACAACUCGCUGAGAAGCUAGCUUCUGAGUUUCAGAUAUAUCGCCCCCUGCAGGCAAGUUUGUAGCCGCAGUAGCUUUAAAAGCACCUUGGAUUCCCAACGGCUGCAGAUGUUUGAAGGUGACUGAGCAAAAAAACGGCAUGAAAACGUCCAUGUAAACAAACUCCUGCAGCUUCAUCCACGUCUUAGCUGCUCAUGCAUGUCCAGGCUGAACGUUACAGGAAAGACAUUUAUAAACUGCUUCUCUCAAAUUACCUCUUAUGAGAUUCUUGGGUUGCAAAAGGCGGAUUGUGAGGCAUGAACCAUUUCAGACAUGAAUCUCCUGCUGAAUUCUCACAUUCGGACAUUAUCCAGAGUUUUCACUACUGCAGGAAAAACUCUGUAGAACAUCCGCAGCAACUUGUGUUCUCACAUACGCCCCCAGCUGGAUAGUCUCAGGAGAUUAUCUGGAGAUUAGGGUUAGGGUUAGUGAUCCUUCUUGGUGUUUCGAUAGACAACCCUCACCUCGUAAAAUAUUAAAUUUCUCCCAAAUAUAGCUAUACAUAUUUCGUUGUCUCUAUAUCGCGUUUAACUCUUUACACUUGAUGUUUGCUACCAGUAUAAGUGGAUGUAGCUAUUAAAGACAGAGGACUAAACAGCUAACUGCUCUAUCAUCGUGAAUAUAUGGAACGUUAAUGCGCAGUCAGAUGAAUGAAUCACGUUGCAGCAACAGUUUGAGAAGUUUACGUGGACGUGUUCGUGUUUUUCGGAGCCGCCAGCCGAUAGGCGGCGAGUAUCUGAGACUCGUGAGACAGAUUUUCGGAGGAUUUUGAGUCUUCAGUUUGUUUAGAUGUCUUCUGUCUCUUGCCUGCCCCCUGCUGUUCCCGUCCACAUCCGCGUCCCUCGGCUCCAACCUGCUCCUCGCUCCGCUCUUAUACCUCAUCCGCCGCGAAGCUCCAGCGCUGAGGUCCUCUAAUCCUGCAUGUCCUCACCCCCUCAGCCGUCCAAAACCUUGUCUGUGUCUCUGUGCCUCGUCCCUGCCUCCUACCCAGUACCCUGAGCUGUCCCCCCCCCCCUCACUCCAGCACACCGCGCACCCCUCUGGUCCUCUUCCUGUCAGUGGUGCAACCUGGUGUAGACUUGUUUAAAGGGGGUGAGGCCGGUGUGACCGUCUCGCCUCCCCGCCGCAGGUGCCAGCUGCCCUUAUGCUUCAAGCACAAGCACUUAAAGCACUUUAGCUGCGCCGCUACUCGUCAGUGCAUGCAGUUAAAGACAAUUGGACCUAUCUGCAUCUGCAUACCUUCCCUCAGAGGUAAUGUGAGAUGAAACAGUGCGAUACUGUAAGAAAACAAUAAUAAACCUGAGAGGAAACAGAAAGAAAGAAAGAAAAACGAAGCUACACCAGGACUUCUGACAGCAAACUUAGCGAAACACCCCUCAGAAUUUUUUUUCCAUUCAAUGCAACUAUUUUCUUUUGUUGUUGUUGUUGUUGUUUUUGUUUCUUUGAAAAAAAAUUGCUUGUAUGAUCGUAUGCCAACAAAUCUCCACGAGGUGGACACAGCACCAAAUAUGCAUUCACACGAGUGGUAGGGGGCCUGAGGGAGGAGGCGUGGUCCUCCCCGAGGAGCUUCCUGCCCGAUGCUCUCCCACAUCCUGUGUAAAGACUUGAAAAGUGGAGAGAGUGCCGACAAAGAAUGCUCGCCCAGUAGCUCGGUAGCAUGGAAUCGGCUGAACACUUCCUUUAAUAGAAAGCAGCAACUUACAACCAGCCUGUUGGUGCUAACCCCCGUCUACUCUGAGACUUGAUGCAAGGGGAGGAGCACACGUACAAAUAUGAUUAAGCUAUUCCCUCCCUGAUAUUUGUAAGUGUGUCUUUUUAUAUAUAUAUUAUUAUUAUUAUUAUUAUUAUUAUUAUUAUUAUUAUUUCCUGGCCAGCUAUGUGUCUGACUAGACAUCAUGUACAGUACUUAAAAAUGAAAAUUAUUUAUCUAAGAAAGAAUUAUAAGCUGAUCCAAACUAGGUUUUCUUAUGAACAAUUCAGUGACUCACCGAUUGCACAGCAAAGUCUUUAUGAUUCAGUGUAUUUUUGGGAAUAUAAUCACUAAUGAAUGUUAUAUUUUUUAAAUGAACCUUUUUCCUUCCGUUGCUCAGCGGUGUCGUUUGUAAGCUCCGAGCCCGGCGGGCGACUUUCAGCCUCGGGCGAGAAAACUGUGUCGGUCAGACGCUCAGGUCUCUGGUCAUCUUCAGUUCACUGCUUCUCGAGGCCAGUGAACCUCUCACCUCUCACUGAGUCACUUCUCUCCACGCACACCCAGCCACCCCGCCUCAGUCUGUUAGUGCAGAGCCAGGGUCACACUCCUGUCAUGUCACUUUUUGUUUUUGUCAGUUUUAUUUCUCCCUGCUGGUCACAUUAACAAUCUCUCUGUUCACGGGUAAAUGGUUUUUUUUUUGUUUUUCAUUUCAAGUUUCUCCUUGAAAGAGUUGUUUUGAUUCUUUUCAUGAUACUAAACUAGAAAAUCACACAGAGAACAGAAAUGAUUUUGAUUCAAAGUAUAAUUUGUAUUUAAUGUCUUUUUUUUUUUUAAUAAAACAAAGUGAACACAUCUUAA